AUGGCGGCAGCGACAACCCUUCCCGUCCUCUUGGACUCCUUGACGCAUGCCCUCUCUUCAGUUUUUGAAGCAACCUCCAAGAUAACCUCGGUCGAAGCGCCCAGAGAUGGCAUCUCCCUGCUCGAUGUCAAAAACGAGCUGCUGCUCUCGUACCUGCAGAACCUGAUCUUCCUCAUCCUAGUCAAGCUGCGCAAGUCAAGGGAGAGCACUUCGGACGACGAUGAUAAACAUUUCGAUGACGGAGAAGUUGUAAGGAAGCUGGUCGAGCUACGCCUCUACCUGGAGAAGGGAGUCCGCCCACUCGAGGAAAAGCUGCGUUACCAGAUUGAAAGGCUUCUGCGCGCUGCCGACAAUGCAGAGCGCAAUGAGAAAGCCGCGCAGGCAGCUGCCGCCUCCAGCUCCGAUUCCGAGUCUAGCGAUGAGGGUUCCGAAGAGGAGGACCAGAGUGAUGCAGACUCUGCACCCGCACCGAGCAUGGCUGGCAUUCAAGCCCGUCCCCUCUUCGGCGCUAUGGCCCGGCGUCCUGCUGCCGACGCAGCCGGAAAGCACGGCAAGGAGAACGACGGCAUAUACAGGCCUCCAAAAGUCGCCCCUACAGUCAUGCCCACUUUCGAUAAGCGCGAGAAGAGGGAACGGGGCCCGGUCAAGUCCGCUACCAUGGACGAAUUUGUCGCCGAUGAGCUGUCUACAGCGCCUGUUGCACAACCAAGUAUCGGAACGAAUAUUGCCCAGUUUGGCAGAAGACUCAAGACUGCGUCGGAGCGCAAGGAAGAAGACGAGCGUCGUGAAUACGAGGAGCGGAACUUCACCCGGUUGCCCAAGGAGAGCAAGAAGGAGCGGGCCCAGAAGGCUGCGCGCGAUGGCCGCAGUGGCCGCAUGGACUAUGGCGGCGAGGAGUGGCGGGAUCUAGGUAUGGGUGUCGACCGAAUCAACAAGAUGACAAAUAGGAAGGACGGCGGGCGGGGUACAAAGGCUCUACUGGAGAAGAGUCGCAAGAGAGGUCGUGACACCGUGGAUGGCCCCCGAGGCAGUGGAGAAGCAGGCGAGAGUUAUCAAAAGCGGCUCAAAGUUCUCGAAUCCGGUCGGCGGGACAGAGGGGGGAAGAGGAGAUGA